GCGAAAAUGGAAAACUACAACAUCUACGACGAGAUCGGCCGCGGGUCGCACUCGGUCGUGUACAAGGCGCGCCGGAAGCGCAGCAUCGAGUACGUGGCCGUCAAGAGCACUGGCAAAGGCCGGAAGGACAAGGUGCACAACGAGGUCCUGCACCUCAUCAAGCUCGAGUCGACGUACGUGCUCAAGUUUUACAACUGGUACGAGUCGAGCAACCACAUUUGGAUCAUCUUCGAGUACUGCAUUGGCGGCGACCUCCUCAAGCUCCUCGCCCAAGACACGGCGCUGCCCGAGACGUCGCUGCAGACCUUUGGCCACGAUCUUGUCCAUGGCCUCCACUACGUCCACUCGCACGGCGUGCUCUACUGCGACCUCAAGCCGGCCAACGUCCUCGUCGACGAGUAUGGCUCGCUCAAGUUGGCGGACUUUGGCCUUGCCCGGCGUAUACCCACGAUCGAGACACUCGAAAAGGAUCCGCUUGCUCCCGGGUCUCCGCACUACAUGGCGCCCGAGCUCUUUGAGGCGACGCCGGUGCACAGCUUUGCCUCUGACUUUUGGGCGCUGGGCUGCGUGCUCUACGAGCUCCGCGUCGGCGUGCAGCUGUUUCCCCACCGUGACUUUAACCAGCUCCGGCACUCGAUCCAGACGACGCACCUCGCAUUUCCAGAGGCAGUGGACAUGUCGGAGCCGUUCAAGGAUCUGCUACGCCGGCUCCUCGAGCCCGACCCUGCGCGUCGCAUGACCUGGACCGAGCUCGUGCAGCAUCCGUUCUGGGACGCCGCGCUGGCGCUCGACACGAGCGCGCUUCCGGCACAAGACCUCUUUGCUGCCAAAUACCCCUCGACAGUCGAGACAACGACACUGUGGGCAGCCCCCGCUGAGAAGGCCGGUCGUCCGGCGUCCCCGCAGCUGGCGUCUCCUGCCAAGCCGCAUACUAGGGAUACGCCGCUCCUGCACUCGAGCGACGACAACGUCAAAGUGCGUCCUGCGACCGCGCCCGACCACGUCGCCGACAACCAAGCAUCCCAUGAUGACGCUAUGCCGCGUCCUCCAAGUCCACCGCGGACGGCGCCGGCGAUGAGUCGCCCGACGCCGAUGGACAAGAUGCAGCACGUCGCGCUGCCCGGCAAGGCGGCGCACCAGCGCAUUUACACGACCGCCGACUGCGCCGUGCGUCCGAUCGUGAGCUGCGACGAGAUCGAAGUCGUGUCGGUGCCGCGCUACAAAGAAGCGAGUUUGCCAGUACGACCCGCAGUACGCUUUGACGUCCCCGGCGAGCUCGAAGCGCACUUGGAGCAGCUGUAUCUCUUCUUGCGCGGCGAUGCGGGUGCGAGCGAGAAGCACAACGCCCUCGCCUACCUCUGCACGUUGGUACCAACGCCCAAGAUUGCCAAUGUCGUCGCCAAUAGCUCGCUCCUCACGCUGCUCGUCAAGCUCCUCGAUCGAUCGACGUCGUCGGCGCUCUCAACGCGCCUCGGCUUGGUCCUCGGUCUCAUCGUGCGACAUGCUGCGUUCAUUAGCACGGACGCACUCCUUGCGACCGAUGGGCUUGUUCCCGUGCUGCUCCGCGUCUUGCCGUCGGCGUCCGAGGCACUGGGCCGUCGCGCCACGGCCUGUCUCGGCGAACUCGCAUUUUACCUCUCGACCCUGCCCAGUGCAGCGUUUCCUUCGACCCUCGUCGAUGCACUCGUGUGCGCCGUGGAUGUACCGGACGCCAUCACGCGCCACUACGCAACGCAAGCGAUCUGCAACAUCCUUGCAACUGCAUCGACGGCCACGGCUUUGCGGGACGCGUUUCUCAAAGUGUCGUUGCUCGACGCGGUCUUUCGGCGCACCACCGACGCCGACGCGUUGUCGCUGCGGGUCGCCUCCAUGCACCUCGCGUCGCAAAUCCUCAAGCACGCGUCGUGCCCUGACCCGUUUCUCGAGCGCACGGUGCUCGUCUUGCCGAGUGUGUGGGCGUGCGUCCUUGUCGGCGACGCCGCGCUGGCGGUCCCGUCGCUCAACAUCCUCAACUGCGUGCUCGCGGCGAGACCGUCGGUGCCCGUCACAUCGAUCGUGUCCAUCAGCGACAUUGCGCUGCUGUUGCAAAAGAGGAAUUGGACCUCGACGCUCAUGCCACGACGACCGAAACCCUCGGGCGGUUCCAACACACGAACGCGCGUCUGCGCACGCUCCUCCAAGGCAAGCUCCUUCUGCUCUUGUACUUUGGUCUCCAGGCCAGUCGUGACUUUGCACUGGCGUUCGUCGCGGCGCAUCUCCUCGACGACGUCGAGCGCUGUCUCCAUGCGGCGCAGACGUACGUCGCACACUCGGCCGCGCAGGUCGUUUCGCUCGCCGGUCGCAUCGCGCUCGAGCUCACGUUCACACUCGCGUCGUCGUCGUCGCCGCCAUCGAGCGUCGUCGAGCUCUUUGAGACGCUUCUCGGCCGCCAGCUACUCGCGCUACCGCGCUGCCGGCACCAGUUUAUGGCGAUGCUCCGCGCCAACGAGCACGAAGAGUUUGAGUGUUUCGUGCUCGGGUCGACCGAGCUCUUGAAACACCCGGAGCUGCAGACGUGCAUGGUGCAGCUGCUCGUGCCUGUGUUUGCGACCGACGACAUCCUCCUCGGCACCGAGCGCGACGGUCUCUGGUUCGAAUCCGCGCUCGUGGCGGUCGCGGACCUUUUGCUCUCGGCGCCCGACAUGCCCGAUAUGCUCGUGGCCGCGAUCCGCGUGCUCUUCAGCGCUCUCAACAUCCUGCCACGCACCGAGAGCCGCGACGUCUUUGUGCUGCAGGCGCUGCUGCCCACGUAUCGGUCGCUUCUCACGAACGGCCACCACGUGGUCGUCCUGCGCUUCGCCAUCGAGCUCCUCUUUGACUUGGUGCAACAAGACGCUUCGUAUGUGGCGAUCGUGCACCGCCUCGAGCUGCUCCCGUCCAUCUUCCGCUUGCUGCUCCACCCUGACACGAUCUCGGCCAGUGCGACGCAGCUCGUGCGCCGCCUUCUGGAAGCCCACGACGUCUUGCCGACCGAGGUGCUCUACGAACUCGGAUUGCCCAAGACGCUGGCGGUCUGUAGCGCGCACUGCGCCGCCAACAAGCUCUGGAGCUGCGCGAGCGAUGUCGGGCAGAGUAUGUACAGUCUGCUGUACGCCCAGUACGACGCGCCGACCGACGCGCGUCUGCUGUAUGCGCAGAGCCACGCCGUGCUCGUCGAGGCGCUUCCGAGUCUCCUCGUCGUGUGUGCCGCCGACAUGGCGGACAACGAGGACGCCCACGAACACGCAUCGCGCUGUGUCUCGCUUCUGUGCCAGCUCUUUGGGGCCGAAGCCAGCGCAAUGCUUCUGCGCAAAGGACUCGCGAGCUUCCUCUCGGCGCUACGUGCCUCGUGCGCCGCGGUGCUUUUCCGCUUGCUAUUAGGUCUCAAGAGUCUGGUCAGCGAGCACCGAUCCAGUCUGACCAAAGACCCGCACUGGCCGCACCUCAUUGAACGUGUGCUCGGUAUCGGCAGUGAGGACCAAGGCCGCAAGUCGACGCUUCUCGCGCGCGAAGUCUACCAUCUCAUGACCGCGCCAUAGCUUUUCUCUACUGUAUUACACGCUGCUUGUUCUUGCCAUCGAC